AUGGUGGGAGGACAGUGCUCUCUCUGGUCCAUGCUCAGUCUCUCUGUCGCCGCCCUGCUGGUGGUCAGUCCAGACUCCUACACAAUAAAACAGUGUUUGACUCCGCCCACUGUUCCUAUGCCGCAUCGAAAGAAGAAGUCGUUCAUUGAGAAGAAGAAGGCGGUGACGUUUCACCUGGUUCACCGCAGUCAGAGAGACCCACUGGCAGCUGACGAGACUGCACCACAACAUGUGCUGCUGCCGGCUCACAUGGUGGAGGUGGAGAAGCGGCGUGAGGAGCAGAGGAGCUUUGGCGUCUUCUUCGAUGACGAUUACGACUAUCUGCAGCACCUGAAGGAGGCGCCCGGCUCAGAACUGGUGCCUGUGGAGGACAGGAGGACAGAGAGACAUGACCAGGAGGAGCAGGAGGAGGACCAGGAGGAGCAGAGAGGCGUGACCAGCAUAAACCUGCCGUCCUCCGUCUUCGCCUCAGAGUUUGAAGAAGAGGUGGGACUUCUCAACAAGGCAGCGCCCAUCUCUGGUAACGUCACAUUGUCCUUUCAUUAG